AAUCCCGGAAGCGGAGGGGGGAUCGUGAGUGUCCGUGCGUGCGGCUUUUGGGGCUGUAGCAGCGUGGCAACCUUACGGGAGGCCCCCGAUGGCUUCGUGGGUUCCGAGCGUCGGUGCUUUAUUGGCCUUGCUUCUUGUUCCGGCUCCUGGGCUGUGGGGAGCCGUCGCUGAGGACAGCGACGGGGUGAAGCUGCCCAGUAAAUGCGAAGUUUGCAAGUAUGUUGCUUUGGAACUGAAGUCUUCCUUCGAUGAAACGGGCAAGACCAAGGAGGUGAUUGACACAAAGUAUGGCUUUCUGGAUGGCAAGGAGUCCAAAAUCAAGUACACAAAAUCGGACAUUCGGCUGAUUGAGGUGCAAGAAAACAUCUGCAAGAGGCUUUUGGAGUACAAUUUGCACAAAGAGAGACCUGGAAGCAACAGAUUUGCAAAGGGUAUGUCUGAGACAUUUGAAACUCUUCAUAACUUGGUGCACAAAGGAGUAAAAGUGGUGAUGGAUAUCCCAUAUGAGCUAUGGAAUGAAACCUCUGCAGAAGUGGCUGAUCUUAAGAAGCAGUGUGAGACAAUGGUGGAAGAAUAUGAAGAUGUGAUUGAAGAUUGGUAUAAAAACCAUCAACAGGAAGACAUUUCCCAGUUUCUCUGUGCAAAUCAUGUAUUGAAAGGAAAGGACACCAGCUGCCUGGCAGAGGUGUGGACUGGAAAGAAAGGAGACAUGGCAAGUGCAGGGCAGAAGACCAAGAAAAAGGAAGGCAAGGCAAAAAGGCCUUCAAAGAAUAAAAAAAGCCCCAAUGCUGAUCAAGAAGCAGAAAACAUGCAACCAGGUUUGGUAGAGACACCUGGUCAGACUGAAGAGGAAGAUGUUCAGAAGCUGGCUUCACUUUCACACAGCACAGAUGAACUGUAGGUUCUUCAAAGGCACGUUUCACCCACACCUGUCUUGUGGGCUUGCAAGCUUGUAUUUGGACCAAUGAGAAUUGCUUUAGCCCAUCGGAGUUGCAAGAAGAUCCAUACUGUUGUGAAGGGGAAGUGCAAAGAUGGGCAACGAUCAUAGUUGCUUGAAACUGAAUUCUUCAGUAUUACUACAUCUCAGCCAAGGCAAGGUACAGGAAGCCAGCUUGUCCCUUGUAUUCUUUGAUGAACAGUCAAAGUGAAAGUGCAGUGGAAGAUGCAGUUGAGCUGCUGACUACCUAGUCUGUGUGGCUUGCCUUUUGAAAUUGAGUCUGCUGCCCUCGUUGAUUCCCUAUCCCAUCCCUUUUGGCUUUGACUUGCUGGACAGCACUGAUGAAGGGAGAGUUAGAAAUAAAAAGGAAAGCAUAAAUGAAGACAA